UGAGCAGCCUUCCUGGGAAGAUGCUACAAGUCUUUAUUCUCUUGGCCCUCCUUCUGCCUCUUGGAGCUGGAGCAGAGGAGAUCAUCGGAGGCCAUGAGGUCCGUCCGCAUUCCCGCCCCUACAUGGCAUAUUAUGAGUUUCUGAAAGAUAAUGAGAAGACAUUCUGUGGUGGCUUCCUGGUUCGAGACAACUUCGUGCUGACAGCUGCUCACUGCAAAGGAAGCCCAAUAGCAGUCACACUGGGGGCACACAACAUCAAGGCUAAGGAGGAGACACAGCAGAUCAUCCCUGUGGAUAAAGCCUUUCCCCACCCGGAUUAUAAUAGAGAGGAUUACUCCAAUGACAUCAUGCUAUUAAAGCUGCAGGGAAAAGCCAAGAGGACUAGAGCUGUGAGGCCCCUCAACCUGCCCAGGCGCAAUGCCCAUGUGAAACCAGGGGAUGUGUGCUACAUGGCUGGUUGGGGAAAGAUAACUCCAGAGGGGGAAUUCCCAAACACCCUGCAAGAGGUUGAGCUGACAGUACAGAAGGAUCAAGUGUGUGAGUCCCAAUUCCGCAGUUCUUACAAUAAAACGAAUGAGAUAUGUGUGGGAAACUCAAAGACCAAGGGAGCGUCCUUUGAGGAGGAUUCUGGAGGGCCUCUUGUGUGCAAAAAAGCAGCUGCAGGCAUUGUCUCCUAUGGGCAAACUGAUGGCUCAGCUCCACAAGUCUUCACGAGAGUUUUGAGUUUUUUAUCCUGGAUAAAGAAAACGAUGAAACAAAGCUAACUACAAGAAGCAAACUCGAUCCUGUUCUG